AUGGGGCUGCUGAGCAGCAAGAGGCAGGCCAGCGAGAAGGGCAGGGGCUGGAGCCCUGUGAAGGCUGGAGCCCAGGGCAAAACUUCCCCUCCACUGCCACCUGUGGUUGUCUUUAACCACCUUGCCCCUCCACCUCCUGAACAGCAUUCUGAUCAAGGUGAGAACGGGGCACAGGAGUUUUCUCCUGAGGUUCAGUUUUGUGUUCGAAUUAGGGCAUUUGGGAGAGCUGGAGACUGGUGGUUGGUCAAGUCACUUGUCACUGGGAGAGAAGGCUAUGUGCCCAGCAACUUUGUGGCCCCAGUGGAGACCCUCGAAGUAGAAAAGUGGUUCUUCAGGACGAUACGUCGGAAAGAUGCUGAGAGGCAGCUGCUGGCACCAAUGAACAAGGCAGGUUCCUUCCUCAUCAGAGAGAGCGAGACCAAUAAAGGCGCCUUUUCCCUGUCUGUGAAGGACGUCACCACCCAAGGGGAGAUGGUCAAGCACUAUAAGAUCCGCUCUCUGGACAAAGGCGGCUAUUACAUCUCGCCCCGGAUCACCUUCCCUUCUCUCCAGGCCCUGGUGCAGCACUAUUCCAAGAAAGGGGAUGGUUUAUGCCAGAGGCUGACCCUGCCCUGUGUGAGCUCAGCCCCACAGAACCCCUGGGCCCAAGAUGAAUGGGAAAUCCCUCGUCAGUCUCUCAAGCUGGUCCGGAAACUCGGGUCUGGGCAGUUUGGCGAAGUCUGGAUGGGUUAUUACAAAAACAACAUGAAAGUGGCCAUCAAGACCCUGAAGGAGGGAGCCAUGUCUCGGGAAGCUUUCCUGGGCGAGGCUAACAUGAUGAAAACCCUGCAGCAUGAGAGGCUGGUUCGUCUCUACGCUGUGGUCACCAGAGAGCCUAUCUACAUUGUCACCGAGUACAUGGCCAGAGGAUGCUUGCUGGAUUUUUUGAAGACGGAUGAAGGUAGCAGAUUGUCCCUUCCAAGACUGAUUGACAUGUCAGCUCAGAUUGCUGAAGGAAUGGCUUACAUCGAGCGUAUGAAUUCCAUCCACCGUGACUUGCGGGCAGCCAACAUCCUGGUAUCUGAAACCUUAUGCUGCAAAAUUACACAACGCCCCACCAGGGCCAAGUUCCCCAUCAAGUGGACUGCCCCUGAGGCCAUACAUUUCGGGGUGUUCACCAUCAAGGCGGAUGUGUGGUCCUUUGGAGUUCUGCUGAUGGAGAUCAUCACCUAUGGGCGUGUGCCCUACCCAGGAAUGAACAACCCUGAAGUUAUCCACAGUCUGGAGCGUGGUUACCGAAUGCCAUGCCCAGACACGUGCCCACCAGAGCUGUACCGUGACAUCAUCACCGAGUGCUGGCAAAGCCGGCCAGAAGAGCGGCCCACCUUUGAGUUUCUGCAGUCAGUGCUAGAGGACUUCUACACAGCCACCGAGGGCCAGUAUGAGCUGCAGCCCUAG